AUGUCGGGCGACAACUACCAACGCGAUGUGUCGCAGUACAAGUACUCGGCGAUGUCCAACCUGGUCCUCCAGGCGGACCGUCGUUUCGUUACGCGACGGACAGACGAGGCCACUGGGGACCCAGAGUCUUUGGCAGGACGACUCUCAAUACAGGAGAUGGGCGGGCGCGUUGCUCGGGACACGGCGCCAAAACAGAAGAGAUCCCACAUUCCCGCUGUGGAAAGGGGCUCAGUACGGGAAGGCGAGGACAUCCUGCGGCAACAAAAGAAGAAGGGCGCAGACCUGUCGAGAGGAGGUGGCAUUCUGUCUGGUGCAGAAGCCCUGGUCGAAGGUCUUAGGUACCGACCGCGGACCCAGGCGACACGAGCGACAUUCGACUUCAUUUUGACCAUCGUAGCCAAGAAUCUGGGCGACGUGCCUCAAGAGGUUGUACGCAGUGCUGCCGAUGCCACACUGGAGUAUCUCAAGGACGAGGAUCUCAAGGACUUCGACAAGAAGAAGGAAAUCGAUGAUCUCCUCGGCGCCUCUUUAAGUCCUAAGGAGUUCAACGAGCUGGUCAACCUCGGCAAGAAGAUCACGGACUACGAUGCGGAGGAUGAUGACGAAGAGAUGGACGGUGCUGACGAUGACCAAGAGAUCGAUGAACGCCAGGGUGUCGCCGUCGCCUUCGAAGAGGAGGACGAAGACGGAGAGGGCAUCGUCAACGAAGUCCGCGAAGAAUCAUCAGAAGACGAAGACGAAGACGAGGACGAGGAAGAUCGCCCAGGUCUCGAAGAGGAAGCCGGGGCGGGAGGUGCCGCGGAAGACAGGGACGGCGAUGAGGCCGGCCUGGCUGACGGCGACGCGAUGGUCAUCGACUCAGCUCCAGCAGGCAAAGUCCAGAAGAAGACACAAGAGACGAAUUACAUACCGGCUUUCCAGAUAGAUGCAUUCUGGUUGCAACGACAAAUAGGCCGGCUGUACCCAGACGCUCACAUACAGCACGACAAGACGAUACAGGCUUUGCACAUCCUGUCUGGCGAGCCGGAUGAGGAAGGCGGUGACGAGAAGCAGCUCAGAGAAAUCGAAAACGACCUCAUGGAACUGUUCGACUACGAGCACCACGAAAUUGUCCAAGAACUCAUUUCGAACAGGGAAAAGGUCGUAUGGCUCACCAGGAUCGCUCGAGCAGAGAACACCCAGGCUCGUGAGACUCUCGAACGCGAAAUGGUCUCUGAAGGCUUGCAGUGGAUUCUCGACGAGCUUCACGGAAAGACAGGCGAGGAGAAGAAGGGCAAGUUGGAGAUCAAGAUGGAUCUCGACCAGCCCGAACACAAGCAGGAGUCGAAGCCAGAGCGCCCGGAGGGCCAGCUCAUAGGCGGCCUCCAACCCAAGAAACUCAUCAACUUGGAAAACCUCGUCUUUGACCAGGGGAAUCACUUGAUGACGAAUCCCAAGGUGCGACUCCCCGAGGGUUCCACAAAACGGGCUGGAAAGGGCUAUGAAGAAAUACACGUUCCGCCACCCAAAAAGCGUAGUGACCCAAGCGACAGUCUGGUGCCCAUCUCCGAGAUACCUGAAUGGGCGCGCGAACCUUUCAAGUCUGUCAAAUCUCUCAACAAGAUUCAGUCUAAAUGCUACCCGUCGGCCUUUGAAGACGACGGGAACAUGCUAGUUUGUGCGCCUACAGGAUCCGGAAAAACCAACGUUGCAUUCUUAGCAAUGUUGCGAGAGAUUGGCAAGCAUCGGGAUCCCGAGACAGGAGAGAUUGAUUUGGACUCGUUCAAGAUUGUCAGCAUCGCGCCUCUGAAGGCUCUGGUCCAAGAGCAAGUAGGCAACUUCGGCAGUCGAUUGGCUCCUUAUGGAAUCAAGGUUUCCGAGCUGACUGGUGAUCGUCAACUCACCAAGCAACAAAUUGCCGAGACUCAAAUCAUUGUCACCACGCCCGAGAAGUGGGAUGUCAUCACUCGCAAAGCGACCGACACCUCUUAUACCAACCUCGUGCGCUUGAUCUGCAUCGACGAGAUCCAUCUUCUUCACGAUGACCGUGGGCCCGUCCUCGAAAGCAUCGUCUCCCGCACAAUCCGAAAGACUGAACAGACUGGAGAACCGGUCAGGAUCCUCGGUUUAUCAGCGACACUUCCAAACUAUAAGGACGUCGCCAGUUUCCUUCGGGUCGACCCGCAAAAAGGCAUGUUCCAUUUCGAUGGAUCAUAUAGGCCCUGCCCCCUACGCCAAGAAUUCAUUGGCGUGACCGAAAGGAAGGCCAUCAAACAGCUGAAGGUCAUGAACGACGUUACUUACAACAAAGUGCUGGAGCAUGUGGGCAAGAACCGCAACCAGAUGCUCAUCUUCGUGCACUCUCGCAAAGAGACCGCAAAGACUGCCCGCUAUAUCCGUGACAAAGCGCUCGAGAUGGAUACCAUCAAUCAGAUCCUCAAAAGCGACGUUGGAAGCCGAGAGAUUCUGCAAGCCACGGCAGACGAAGCGACGGACAAGGACCUCAAGGACAUCUUGCCCUACGGCUUUGGCAUCCACCACGCUGGCAUGAGCCGAGCUGAUAGGACCGACGUAGAGGAUCUCUUCGAGGGAGGACACAUUCAAGUGCUGGUCUGCACAGCCACGCUCGCUUGGGGUGUCAAUCUACCUGCACAUACGGUCAUCAUCAAGGGAACGCAAGUUUACUCUCCAGAGAAAGGUAGCUGGGUCGAGCUCAGCCCGCAAGAUGUCCUUCAGAUGCUGGGUCGUGCUGGGCGGCCUCAGUACGAUACGUUUGGUGAGGGCAUCAUUAUCACCACUCAGAGUGAGAUGCAGUAUUAUCUUUCACUUAUGAAUCAACAGUUGCCCAUCGAAAGCCAGCUGGUUAGUCGUUUGGUCGACAACCUGAACGCGGAGAUUGUGCUUGGCAACGUGCGCUCUCGAGAUGAGGGUGUGGACUGGCUUGGCUACACAUAUCUCUUCGUGAGGAUGCUGAGAUCGCCGGGUCUUUACAGUGUUGGCGUCGAAUACGAAGAUGACGAGGGUCUGGAACAGAAGCGGGUUGAUCUCAUUCAUUCUGCAGCCCACGUUCUCCGUAAGGCGAACCUCGUCAAAUAUGAUGAGAAGGCCGGACGCAUGCAGGCGACUGAACUGGGGCGCAUUGCUUCGCACUAUUACAUCACAUACGGUUCCAUGGAGACCUACAACACGCACAUCCAGCCAUCUAUCACCAAUAUUGAGCUUUUCCGGGUGUUUUCCCUCAGCGCGGAGUUCAAAUACAUCCCGGUCCGCCAAGAAGAGAAGCUCGAGCUUGCCAAGCUGCUGGGACGAGUUCCAAUACCUGUCAAGGAGAGCAUUGAAGAGCCACAUUGCAAGAUCAAUGUCCUUCUGCAGGCGUAUAUUUCUCGCCUCAAACUUGAUGGCUUGGCUCUGAUGGCCGACAUGGUCUACGUCACGCAAUCCGCAGGGCGUAUCCUCAGAGCUAUCUUCGAGAUUGCGCUGAAGAAGGGCUGGUCCUCUGUGGCGAAGACGGCGUUGAAUCUGUGCAAGAUGGCAGAGAAGCGGAUGUGGCCCACGAUGACGCCGUUGCGCCAAUUCCCGAAUUGCCCGAGGGACAUUGUGCAGAAAGCAGAGCGUACCGAGGUUCCUUGGAGCAGCUUCUUCGACCUGGAUCCACCACGCAUGGGCGAGCUCUUGGGGAUGCCCAAAGCUGGUAGGACAGUUGUUGGGCUUGUAAACAAGUUCCCAAGGGUCGAAGUGCAGGCUCAGAUCCAACCACUUACAAGAUCCAUGCUUCGCGUUGAGCUCACGAUCUCGCCCAAUUUCGAAUGGGAUGAGGAAGUGCAUGGUCUUGCUGAAAGCUUCUGGAUUCUCGUCGAAGACUGCGAUGGCGAAGAGAUCCUUUUCCACGACACAUUCCUUCUGCGCAAGGACUAUGCCGAAUCGGAGACAAACGAGCACAUCGUUGAGUUUACAGUUCCGAUUACCGAGCCCAUGCCGCCCAACUACUUCAUCUCCGUGGUCUCUGACAGAUGGAUGCAUUCCGAGACACGUGUUGCAGUCUCAUUCCAGAAACUCAUACUGCCCGAGAAGUUCCCACCUCAUACCGAACUUCUGGAUCUGCAGCCUCUGCCACCAUUUGCUCUUAAGGUGAAGGAAUACGCGGCUCUAUAUCCUCAGUGGCAAUACUUCAACAAAGUCCAGACCCAGACCUUCAACACUCUGUACGCCACAGACAACAACGUUUUUAUAGGUGCACCAACAGGGAGUGGCAAGACUGUGUGUGCAGAGUUUGCCCUUCUCCAUCUCUGGUCCAAGUCUGAUGCGGGUCGCGCUGUUUACAUCGCUCCCUUCCAGGAGCUAGUAGACAUUCGGCUUCAGGAUUGGCAGAAGCGUCUGUCUGCGCUCAAGGGUGGCAAGGACAUCAUGAAGUUGACUGGCGAAACGGUAGCUGAUAUCAAGAUCUUGGAGGCCGCAGACCUGGUUCUUGCGACCCCAACUCAGUGGGACGUUCUCUCCAGGCAAUGGAAGAGGAGGAAGAAUGUGCAGACUGUCGAGCUCUUCAUUGCAGACGAGUUGCAGCUCCUUGGUGGCUCCAUGGGCUACAUAUACGAAACUAUCGUCUCCAGGAUGCACUACAUCCGGACUCAGACCGAGUUGCCAAUGAGGAUUGUCGGUCUUGGUGUAUCACUUGCUAAUGCAAGAGACAUCGGAGAGUGGAUUGGAGCCAAGCAGCACGACAUUUACAAUUUCAGCCCACACGUGCGCCCCGUGCCCUUGGAGCUUCAUAUCCAGAGUUACACAAUCCCCCAUUUCCCUUCACUCAUGCUGGCGAUGGCACGGCCGACUUACCUUGCCAUCACUCAGAUGUCCCCGGACAAGCCUGCGCUAGUUUUUGUUCCGAACAGGAAGCAAACACGCGCGACCACUCGAGACAUCCUCACCGCUUGCUUGGCUGAAGACGACGAGGACAGAUUUCUUCAUGUCGAGGUGGAGCAGAUCAAGCCCCUCUUGGAGCGUGUUAGUGAAGAAGCACUGGCCGAGGCACUGUCUCAUGGUGUCGGUUACUACCACGAGGCUCUCAGCACCGAUGAUAAGCGAAUCGUCAAAUACCUCUACGACAACGGCGCUAUACAAGUCUUGGUGGCAUCCCGUGAUGUCUGCUGGGAGCUUGAUUGCACCGCACAUCUUGUCGUCGUGAUGGGAACGCAGUACUUCGAAGGUCGUGAGCACCGCUACGUGGACUAUCCUAUGACAGACGUGUUGCAAAUGUUCGGCAAAGCUCUGAAAUCGUCAAAGGAUGGCCGCGGCCGCGGGGUUCUGAUGCUGCCUGGCGUCAAGAGGGAGUACUACAAGAAGUUCCUCAACGAGGCUCUACCAGUUGAGUCACAUCUGCACUCAUACCUGCACGAUGCUUUCGUUACGGAGAUUAGCACUCGCAUGGUAGAAUCUGGGGACGACGCCAUAGCCUGGAUGACAUUCACAUACUUCUACCGGCGUCUCUUGGCCAACCCCAGCUUCUACAGCUUGACCAACACCACAGAAGAUGGGCUCAGUCAAUAUUUGUCUGACCUUGUCGAAACGACGCUGAGGGAACUUGACGAGUCAAAGAUCAUCGAGUUUGAUGAGGAAGACGGCUCGGUAACGCCCCAGAAUGCUGCCAUGAUCGGUGCUUAUUACAACAUCUCCUACAUCACUAUGCAGACGUUCCUUCUGUCUCUCAGUGCCCGCACGAAGCUCAAGGGGAUCCUCGAAAUCGUCACCUCAGCCACCGAGUUCGAGGCAAUACAAAUCAGGAGACACGAGGAUGGUCUGCUUCGUCGUAUCUACGAUCGUGUGCCUGUCAAGAUGGCACAGCCAGACUACGACUCGCCUCACUUCAGGGCGUUCGUUUUGCUGCAGGCCCACUUCUCCAGGAUGCAGCUUCCGAUUGACCUGGUGAAGGACCAGGAAACAAUUGUCUCCAAGGUUGUCAGCCUUCUGAGCGCGACCGUAGACAUCCUCUCGUCAGAUGGGCACCUCAACGCCAUGAACGCCAUGGAAAUGUCCCAGAUGGUGGUCCAGGCGAUGUGGGACCGCGACAGCCCACUGAAGCAGAUACCCCACUUCACGCCGGAAGUCGUCAAGGCGGCAAACAGCUUCGGGGUCAAGGAUGUCUUUGACUUCAUGGAAGCCAUGAACCCCGAGGAAAACUCCCAGUACGGCGAGCUAGUCAAGGCCAUGGGUCUCUCGCAGAAGCAACUGGAAGACGCGGCUAAGUUCACCAACCAGAAGUACCCCGACGUCUCGCUAGAGUUUGAGGUCGAGGACCCCGAGAACCUCCGUGCUGGUGAGGCCUCUUAUCUCAACAUCCAAAUCGAGCGUGAGGUUGAGGAAGGCGAUGAAAUCGACACCGUGGUCCACGCGCCAUUCUAUCCAGGAAAGAAACUGGAGAACUGGUGGCUUGUGGUGGGCGAUGAGAGCACAAAGACGCUCCUAGCAAUCAAGCGCGUGACUGUUGGCCUCAAGUUGAAUGUCAAGCUGGAGUUCACGGUGCCGACUCCCGGCAAGCAUGAACUCAAGCUCUUCUUGAUGAGCGAUAGCUACAUUGGAGUCGAUCAGGAGCCCAGUUUCGAAGUGACGGUGGCGGAAGGCAUGGAAGUUGACGAGGAUGACGAGGACGAGGACGAGGACGAGGACGAGACUAUGCUGGACAACAGUAGGCAAGCGCUGCAGCACCAGGUGGCCAAGGAGGAGGGUGAUGACGAGGCCGACCUCGAAGGAGGCGUGGGCAGUCUUGGAGGAAGAGGGGUAACCGACGCGCCUGAUUCUGCAGCUGCUGAGGCGAAAGCCGAGGGUCCCAAUCCUACCGGGGAGAAGGCUGAGAAGGAAGCUGCCGAGCCAGCUAAGGAGGACGAGACACCCAAACAAGCUGAAGAGCCAAGCAAAAUCCCAGCCGAGAAACCCACUGAAGACGGCGACGUCGAGAUGAAGGACGCACCAGACGCGACGACCUCCCCUCCCGCCGAGGGAGCUUCUACUGAGGACAAGACAGAGCAGGCUGAUGCUGGAGGACCGAACGCCGGCGGAGAUGACGCCAAAGCUGCCGCACCCAAUGCCUCCAAGACCAAGACUCCCGUGCGCAGGAAGUCGACUGCCGGUGCUGACAGCGCUAAGGGAAAGAAGCUGAACAAGAAGGGUUCCCGGGCCGCCAUAACACACAUCGAUGCGCAGCCAGGCCAGCACUUUUUCAUCAAGCUCAAGGGCUACCCACAAUGGCCAUGCAUCAUCUGCGACGAGGAUAUGCUGCCCCAUGCACUUAUCAAGACGCGACCUGUGAGCGCCGCGAGAUCUGAUGGGACCUACCGUGAGGACUUCGCGGACGGUGGGAAGCGCGCCGCCGACCGAACAUUUCCCAUCAUGUACCUCGCGACCAAUGAAUUUGGCUGGGUCUCAAACAAGGACUUGGUCGACCUCGACCCCGAGAAGGUAGCUGACCUGAUCACUGCGAAGAUGCGCAAAGAUCUCCAAUUAGCCCACCAAAUUGCCGCUGAAGGGCACGACCUGGAUUAUUACAAGGACCUCCUGCAACAAUUCCAGGAGGAGCUCAUUGAGAAGCAAAAGGCCGCUGAGGCCAAAGCAGCUGCCGCCGCCACGCCAAAGAAGUCCAAGAAGCAGGCCAAGUCAUCAGCCGACGUCGAGGAUGUCGAGAUGGAAGACGUUGACGACGAACCGUCCACGGCCAAGGCCAAGAAGUCGGAGAAGAAGCGCAAGAAUACCGAGGACUCCGAGACACCCCAGCGCUCCGAGUCGGUUAAGAAGCCGAAGAUCAAGCUCACUAAUAAUGCGACGCCCAAGACUGCCAACGGCGCCACUCCCAAGUCCGCCAAGGCCGGUGGUGAGGCGAAGGCUAAGAAGGCAAAGAAGCCUGCAAAGGAGGCCGACGAAGAAGACAAGGCGCAGUCUCCGAAAGAGCCCGAGAUGAGCGCCGAGGACCGCUUUGAGCGCAAGAAGAAGGAGGUUCUUUUCCUUCGCCACAAGCUCCAGAAGGGUCUCCUGACGAGAGACCAGCUGCCCAAGGAAGAUGAGGUUAAAGUGCUCUCAGACUACUUGGUGAAGCUUGAGCAAUUUCCUGAUCUCGAAACCGAGAUUAUCCGGGCGACCAAGAUCAACAAGGUGCUGAAGGCUAUGCUGAAGUUGGACUCGAUUCCCAAGGAAGAAGAGUUCAACUUCAAGCCCCGAUCGCAGGCUUUGCUUGAGAAGUGGAACAAGCUUUUGCAAGCAGAGGACGGCGCUGCUUCUGCAGCACCCGAGGAAGCUAACGGUGUCAACGGUCACUCUGAAGGUCCGGUCAAGGAGGAGGCCAAGACGGGCGUCAAUGGCGUCAAGAAGGCCGACACCGAGGAGUCCGAGGCCAAGGCUGAGGUUCCGGAGGAGAGCAAAGCCGAGAUCAAGGAGCAGGAGAAGAAGGAUGCGCAGGAUGAUACAAAGGAAGAGGCUGCCGCCGAGGGAAAGCCAGCUGCUGAAGAGAAUGUCAAGGCUGCUGAGGCUGUUGAGACUACGGCUUGA